CUAGUUUCUUACAAUUACAAAACACAAGACUCGCAGUCUUAAGGAGUCGAAAAAUAUAUAACCAAUACAAAUUCAUAAAUCUCACUUCUCUUCGUAGCGCUCCUUUGGUCCGACUCUCAUAUCAGGCACUCGGUACGACUUGCGUUGCUGCUUUCUCAUCAGUGAACGGUGCACUGCAAUUGGGUCAACAUGGUGGUUCUUGCGGCUUCCAUUAUAAGUAAAUCUGGCAAAGCACUUGUUUCAAGACAAUUUGUGGAUAUGUCUCGCAUAAGAAUUGAGGGGCUCCUUGCAGCUUUCCCCAAGUUGGUUGGAACAGGAAAACAACAUACAUACAUUGAGACUGAAAAUGUGCGCUAUGUUUACCAGCCAAUAGAGGCUUUGUAUUUACUGCUUGUAACAAACAAACAGAGCAACAUUCUUGAAGAUUUGGAGACACUUAGGCUUCUUUCCAAACUAGUUCCUGAAUAUUCUGUUUCUCUAGAUGAAGAGGGCAUUUGCAAGACAGCUUUUGAGCUGAUUUUUGCAUUUGAUGAAGUCAUCUCCCUUGGGCACAGGGAAAGUGUAACUGUUGCACAGGUUAAACAAUACUGUGAGAUGGAGAGUCAUGAGGAGAGAUUGCACAAGUUGGUAAUGCAGAGCAAGAUCAACGAGACUAAGGACAUCAUGAAGCGCAAAGCUAGUGAGAUUGACAAAAGCAAGAUCGAAAAGAAUAGAGGUGAUAAAGGAGGGUUCAUGUCUAUGCAGUCAAUGGGUUCUGGUAGAAUUGAUUCUGGUUUUGGUAGUGAUAGUGGCAUAUCUAGCAGUGGAAGUGGUUUUGGAGGUGGUUCUGGGUUUGGAUUAAGCACUGAUAUGGAUUCCUUCACCAGCAGCAAGUCUAAAGGUCGUCCAGCUGCAUCUGCUACUGCACCUCCUAAAGGUCUUGGUAUGAAGCUUGGUAAAACACAAAGGGCAAACCAGUUUUUGGAAUCUUUGAAAGCUGAAGGGGAAGUUAUUCUUGAGGAUGUCCGUCCAAGUGCUGGUCCAACCAGAGCAGCUGCUCCACCACCAACUGAUCCCAUUACAUUGACUGUUGACGAGAAAAUCAAUGUGACACUAAAGCGAGAUGGUGGUGUCAGUAACUUUGAUGUUCAGGGAACCUUGUCUCUUCAAAUUCUUAACCAGGAAGAUGGGCUCAUCCAAGUUCAGAUUGAGACUGGAGGCAAUCCAGGUGUCCUCUUCAAGACCCACCCUAACAUCAACAAAGAACUGUUUUCCAAUGAAAAUAUUUUAGGCCUCAAAGAUCCUAACAGGCCGUUUCCUGCUGGUCAAGCUGGUGAUGGUGUUGGCCUGUUGAAGUGGAGAAUGCAAAGUGUAGAUGAGUCAGUUGUGCCAUUGACGAUCAACUGCUGGCCCUCGGUUUCUGGAACUGAAACUUACGUCAGUAUCGAGUAUGAAGCUUCAUCAACAUUUGAUUUGCAGAAUGUUGUGAUUUCAGUACCUCUUCCAGCUCUUAGAGAGGCACCAAAUGUAAAGCAGAUUGAUGGUGAAUGGAGGUAUGAUUCCAGAAAUUCCAUUUUAGAGUGGUCCAUACUUCUCAUUGAUAACUCAAACCGCAGUGGAUCUAUGGAGUUUGUUGUCCCUCCAGUAGAUGCAUCAGUCUUUUUCCCGAUUUCUGUGCGUUUUACUGCUGCAAGCACAUUCAGUGAACUGAAGGUGCUUAAUGUCUUGCCGCUGAGAGGUGGACCAUCGCCAAGGUUCGCUCAGAGAACACUUCUAUCCACCGAGAAUUACCAAGUGGUGUGACUUGUGUUUUAAUAUAUAGGAAAAUUGGUUGAGAAAGUUUUUAAUACGAUUUUGAAGACGUUUUCUUUUGGAGCUUGUGCUACUAAUGAGACUACCAUUAACUUCUUAUUUUUUGGUUCCCUGUUUCUUUAUUGCUGAAAUUUUUGGGACAUUGUGAUGCUGUGUAGUAUUGGUCCAUAGAUAUACUUUUCUGAAUAUGUAGCAUUGUUGUUCUUUUCAUUAGCUUGGACAUAUUUUUCUCUCAAUAAAUGGUUUUAUUGGUGGA